AAAAAAGGAACAGAUAUUUCUGAACUCGAUCCAAUUGUAUGAAAGACCUCGUGUGGUUUUGUUUCUCUUUGUGGGGGGGUUGGCCCACUUUUUUCCCCUUCAUUUGGACAACCACUUGUCUUACUAUCUCAAAGGAACCUGAAAAACAUCUUGAUCACAGGGUUUUCGGGGCCCGAAGAACCAAAAAAAGGAGGAGACAUUUGAGUAAACGAAAUGGCGGACGUCGAUCCCGAGACGCUGCUCGAAUGGCUGACGAUGGGGCUCGGGCAGGAAGAGCUGGCCGAACGGGACAUGCAGCUCGUGGCCCUGGAACAGCUUUGCAUGCUCCUCCUCAUGUCCGACAAUGUCGACCGAUGUUUCGAGAGCUGUCCACCCCGGACGUUUCUGCCGGCCUUGUGCCGUAUCCUAUUGGAUAAAACGGCACCCGAUUCGGUGCUGGAAGUGACGGCCCGUGCCAUCACUUAUUACCUGGAUGUCUCGGCCGAGUGCACUCGACGCGUCGUCGCCGUUGAUGGAGCUGUCAAGGCCCUAUGCGGCCGGCUGGGCACCGCCGACCUCCAGCAACGCACCUCCCGCGAUCUGGCUGAGCAAUGCGUCAAGGUCAUGGAAUUGAUUUGCACUCGUGAAGCUGGGGCCGUUUUUGAAGCCGGAGGAUUGCAAUGUGUUUUGUCUUUCAUCCGAGACGCUGGAACUCUUGUUCAUAAAGAUACUCUCCACUCUGCCAUGGUCGUCGUCUCGAGACUGUGUUCCAAAGUGGAACCCCACGAUCAAGGAUUGGCCGCUUGCGUCGAUGCGUUGUCCACUUUACUUCAACACGAAGACGGACACGUGGCAGAUGGCGCUCUGAGAUGUUUUGCCUCUUUGGCCGACCGUUUCACUCGACGUGGCAUCGAUCCGGGCCCGUUGGCCGAGCACGGACUCGUUUCGGCUCUCCUUUUCCGCCUCUCAAACGCAGCUGGAACUCCAUCCUCGCAACAAACAACAACAUCCCCUGCAGCGGGAGGAUCGGCCACUGCGUCCGCCACAACUUCGAAUACAGUCGAAACGGCUGGAACGAAUAAAUCGGCCACGUGCAGCUCAUCCAUAUCGACAGUCAUCAGUUUAUUAUCGACGUUGUGCCGCGGUUCGCCCGGCAUCACGCACGAUCUGCUCCGUUCGGAACUGCCGGACGCUAUUGAACGGGCAGUGAACGGCGAAGAGCGUUGCAUCCUGGACACGAUGAGGCUCGUCGAUUUGCUUCUCGUUCUCCUCUUUGAAGGACGCAAAGCUCUGCCACGUAGUGGAGGAGGUGGACUGGCCAACCCUACCAACAGCUCCACAGCGCCCACUACACCCGGAUCCACCAUCCGAGGCGGAAGCAGCGGUACGACGGGCUCCAUGUUGCGUCGAUUGGACAGCGCUGGAGAACGGACACAUCGGCAGCUGAUCGACUGCAUCCGCAGCAAAGAUACGGAUGCACUGAUCGAUGCCAUCGAUUCGGGCGGAAUCGAAGUCAACUUUAUGGAUGACGUCGGCCAAACUCUGCUCAACUGGGCGUCUGCUUUCGGCACGCAAGAGAUGGUCGAAUUUUUGUGCGAACGCGGCGCCGACGUCAACAAGGGCCAGCGCUCCUCUUCCCUUCAUUACGCUGCUUGCUUUGGCCGGCCGGCCAUCGCCAAAGUUCUUUUGCGUUACGGAGCCAAUCCGGAUUUACGCGAUGAGGAUGGCAAGACGCCAUUGGACAAGGCUCGUGAACGCAACGACGAAGGCCACCGUGAAGUGGCCGCCAUUUUGCAAUCUCCCGGCGAAUGGAUGAUUACGCCUACAUCUUCAACUCCACCCAAUCCGUCAUCCAUGGCCGAUGCGUCCGGCCAAUUCUCCGGACAACAGCGACGAGGAGACGCUUUGACCCCCGGAUCCACUUGCGUCUCGGAAGAUUCGUCCAUUUUAUCAGACGGAGCGACGACGGAGCCAAAGGGCGAUCCGGAUAUGGCGCCCGUCUAUCUUCGACGCCUCUUGCCCGUCUUUUGCCACACUUUCCAGAGCAGCAUGAUCGCUUCGGUGCGCAAGGCCAGCUUGACCAUCAUCAAAAAGAUGGUGCACUACACUCAGCCGGUCCUCCUCAACUCGCUCUGCUCCCACGAGUCGAACGUUUUCAUCUCGACGCUCGUCGAAGUCGUCGCCGCCGUUCUGGACAACGAAGAGGACGAAGAUGGACAUUUAGUCUGCAUGCACAUCAUCCACGAUCUGAUGAACAAAUCCCCAGAGACGUUCCUCGAUCACUUUGCCCGUCUGGGAAUCUUUAGCAAAGUCCAGAUGUUGGCCAGCAGUGGCGGUGUGGACGACGGCCAGGAAACGAACAGCGACAACGCCGCCGGACAAGAGCCGGAAGCGGAACGGCCUGAAGUAGAAGAAGGAGUAACUAUAACGACCGGUGCGGAAGGCAAAGCUCAGGCCGAACUGGCUGACCCUGCGGUCCAGAAACCGCAAGUGGAAACGACCGCUCAAGUGGCGGUGGACGUGGUUAAGGAGUUGAUGGCCGGCCGGCCUUACCACUGGAGGGACUGGUGCAUCGCUCGCGGUCGCGAUUGCCUCUACAUCUGGAGCGACGCUGCGGCUUUGGAACUGUCCAACGGCUCUAACGGCUGGUUCCGCUUCAUCUUGGACGGCAAAUUGGCCACCAUGUACUCGUCCGGAAGCCCCGAAGGCGGGUCGGACAGUUCGGAGAAUCGCGGCGAGUUCCUGGACAAACUGCAACGCGUUCGCACUCAAAUCAAACCUGGAACGAUCAGUCAGGCCAUUUUCCCGGCCGGUGGGAAGUGCUCGGACGGCCUACGUCUCACCGUGGGCAAUUGGUCGUUAUCCUCCAGCAAAGACGGAGAGCUGGUCAUUCAGAAUUCAGACGGCCAACAACAGGCGACCAUAUUACGCGAAGAUUUGCCCGGCUUCUUGUUUGAAUCCAACCGCGGCACUAAGCACACUUUUACGGCCGAAACGGCCCUCGGUCCCGAAUUAGCCGCCGGAUGGGCGCCCGUUCAUUACCUGGGCACGGGCGGCAGACGCAGCGCCUCCGGUUCAGGUGCCGGACGAACGGGGCUGGUCAGCGGCGGGCGGUUCCGUUCGUCGCAAGUGGAGGCCACCAAGCAGAAAGUGCGGGCACAAGCUCACGAGAUUUAUCAGCGCUACUUCCAAGCGGCACAGGCCCAGCCGAGAGGAGUCGUGGCCCGUCUGGCCGCCAUCGUCGUGCACAUUGAACGCGGAUGCGCGGCCCAGGAGAACAACCGCGAACAGCAGCACGGAUCGCAAGGGAGCGGAGCCGGAGCUUGGCGUGAUCUACUCCGUUCGGCCCUCAACGAUUUCCGUUCGCUUUUGGAAGGAGAGGACACGAGCCUCUCGGCCUUUGAAUUGCAGUCCAGCGGCCUCGUUCAGGCUCUUCAUCGGCUCCUUUCGCCCGCUGGACUGGAUGAUUAUCUGCAGGGCACUCGACGUGGAAAUCGAUUGCUGCGCCAACGAGUGGCCAUUUUCCGCGAAUGUUUCCAGUCAGCUGAUUAUUUGUAUCAAAAUGGACCGAAAGGGCCGGCUACUUGUCUCGUUCGCAAGUUAGUGUCUGUUAUGGAAUCGAUCGAGAAAUUGCCCGUCUAUUUGUACGACGCAGCUGGAGGAUCGACCAACGGCCUUCAGACGCUGACCAGACGUCUGCGUUUCCGCCUGGAACGAAGCCCCGGCGAAACCGGGUUGACGGACCGGACGGGACGGGCUUUAAAGACGGAGCCUCUCACUACCGUCUGUCAAUUAGAGAAAUACCUGCUCAAGAUGGUGGCCAAGCAGUGGUACGAUUACGAACGUUCUUCGUUGGCGUUUGUGCGCAAAAUUCAAGCGGCCACAUCGACAACAUCAGCCGGACCGGCCGCCUCUCCGUUGAUUUUUCGGCACACGCGCGAUUUCGACGAAGGCGGCAUCAUCUAUUGGCUGGGCACCAACGGCAAAACCGUCCCUGAUUGGGUCAAUCCAGCUCAGGUGGGACUGGUGGUCGUGACCUGCUCCGAGGGACGUAAUUUGCCUUAUGGCCACUUGGAAGACAUUUUGUCUCGCGACAGCGCCGCCCUGAACUGUCACACAAACGACGACAAACGAUCGUGGUUCGCCGUCGAUCUUGGCCUCUGGCUUCUACCAACCGCCUACACUUUGCGCCACGCCCGCGGCUACGGCAAAUCCGCGCUACGUCAUUGGCUCCUCCAAGUCUCCAAGGACGGACUCACCUGGACGACGCUCUUUACUCACGUCGACGAUUGUUCGCUCAAUGAACCAGGAUCGACGGCCACUUGGCCGUUGGAGCCGCCUAGCGGAGAGACGCAGGGAUGGAGGCACAUCCGCAUUCAGCAGAUGGGCAAAAACGCGUCGGGACAGACGCACUAUCUCAGCCUUAGCGGAUUGGAGCUCUACGGAACGGUGACGGGCGUCUGCCAAGAUUUGGGGCGGGCAGCUAGAGAAGCCGAAGCCAAUUUGAGGCGACAGAGACGGAUGGUCCGACACCAGAUGCUCCGCCAUCUCGUUCCAGGUGCCCGUGUCGUCCGCGGACUCGAUUGGAAGUGGCGCGACCAGGACGGAUCGACCACGACGGCAGCCACGGCCGCAGGUUUGGCCCAGCAAGCGGAAGGAACAGUGACGGGCGAGUUGCACAACGGCUGGAUUGACGUCACGUGGGAUCACGGCGGAUCCAAUUCGUAUCGCAUGGGCGCCGAAGGCAAAUACGAUUUGAGAUUGGCUCCUUCCUACGAUCCGGAAGCGGCCCAACAACAGACACCGGCCACGUCCAGCAAAACUCCUUCAUCUUCUUCCUCCACCCUCAAGACGAUGAAUUUAGACAAACCGUCGUCGGCUUCUGUCAAGUCUUCGACGCCUAUUUCCACCGGAGCCGGAAGCGUUUUGGCCGGCAGUCGCAAGUCCAGCUCGACGCCUAGUUUGCCCGAAGCGACGGGAGCCGUCAAAUCCUCUGUAGCGUCCACCGAACAGGCCACGUCGGUCGAUAAUCUGUUGACUUCCGCAGCGGCCGCAUCCGCAGUGGCCGAUAGCGUCUUGAGUUUGGCCAGCGCCGAGGCCGGAUUGGUCUCUUUCGAACGCGUGCGAGGCGACAGCACUGGAACGCAAAGCACCGACGACGAUGAAGCCACUUCGACGGCCGUCGCUGCGCUCGUAGGGGCCCUCAGUCUGAUGGACCCUGCUGGAUCAUCGACGGAAGUCGGGACGGGCGAGUCUCAAGUGUCGGACAGUCACCGGAACGCUAAGAAUACCUAUUUGGCCGGCCAAUCGACUGGAACACAAUUAGCUGAUCAUCAUUUAUUGGCUUCGGCCAAUUCGGCUAGUGGCGUCGCUUCACCGGCCGCAGCGGCCGCCGCCGCGGCUGCCGCUGCCCUCGAUGGGAUCGUCGUCGACGAUUCGCUAAUGGCCGACGUGACGGAAGAGAUGCUGGAGAUCAACGCUUUUGACCUCCUUCGCAGUCUCGAACGUCAGGCGAGUCAAAUCCAAGAUGAAGCUGAAACGAUGGCGGCCGCUACCUCCGCCCUAUCUCGCGUCGAAGUAGCCGGACAGCAACAGCAACAGCAACAGCAAGGCGAAGAUGAACAAGACGAUGUCUCAUCACCUCCUUCUCCUCCUCAAUCGGUCAAAGUGACUUCCGGUCCAGCAUCAGGCGUUCGCACUUCAGGUUCGAUGAGCGUCAGCGUCCCCAAUUUAACGACAUCAUCAGAACCUGAACGUGAAGUGGGUGGAGGACCCACUCCGGCCGCUUUCCUCGAAAGCUUUGCCAAUGUAGCCCGAAGACGCCACCAAGCGGGAAAUGCAAACAGUGGAAGUGGAGCUACAGGAGGAAGCGCGUCGGGUUCGCCCGUCGAAUCGUCAAACGCCAAUCGAUCCGGCGGAUCGCACGGCAGCGGAGCUGGACCCAUGGCCGCUGGUGCGAAUGGAACCAAUGCCGUUAACGUCUCGUCUUCUUCUUCUUCCCCUUCGUCCAACGCGGCAUCGUCGCUGCUCUUCCCGCGUGGACCCAAUUCCGUUUCCAGCCUCGUCCGGCUGGCCCUUUCGUCCAAUUUCCCGGGCGGACUGCUCAGCACGGCCCAGAGUUACCCGAGUUUGAGCAACACGUUGAGCAGCCUGUCUUCGGUGGCAUCUCACGCUGUUUCCAUGGCCGGCGCUUCGUCCACCAAUUUACACCACGGACACGCUGGAGCCGGCCAGGGGCAUCAACAGACGGGCGGAAGUCACGGACUGAGCCAAGCUCUGUCGAUGAGCCUGACCGGAUCGAGCGAUUCCGAACAAGUGAGUCUGGAAGAUUUCCUGGAGAGCUGCAGGGCGGGCACGUUGCUGGCCGAACUGGAAGACGACGACGAAUUGCCGGAACCCGACGAGGACGACAACGAAGACGAUGACGAGAACGAGGACGAUGAAGACUUUGAAGAAGUGACGGAAGAAGACAGUGGUGGAGGUGGAGUGGGUAGUCUCGUCGGAGGCUCGGGAGAUGGCGCCACACGACACGUGACGGGCAACACCAAACGGCGCAGUUGGGAUGACGAGUUCGUCCUGAAACGGCAAUUUUCCGCUUUGAUUCCGGCCUUCGAUCCGCGACCGGGCCGCACCAAUGUCCACCAAACGUCUGAUUUAGAAAUUCCUCCGCCAGGUGCCGCCACUGAAGGAGCUCAAGGAGCUGAGGCCAUUUUUUCUUCUUCCUCCUCUUCUUCCUCCUCGAUCAUGGCCCCUGGUCAGCAGCAACAACAGCCGCUUCAAUCCGAUGUGGAAGCCGAUGCUGACUUGGUGCCUCAACCCAAGUUACAUCUCAUCUUGCGCGGGCCGGGCUUGCCCAACAUCCCAGAUGUUGAAAUCGAGUUGACGGACGGCGAUUGGACCGUCUUCAAAGCAGUGCAAAAAUUGAUCCAGUCAUCAGCGCUGGGCACCCGACAAGAGAAGUUGAGGCGCAUCUGGGAGCCGACCUACACUGUCGUCUACAAAGAACUGAAGGACGAAGCCGGAGCGGUCGUUAUUGGCCCAUCGGCCGGACUGAGCGACGCCAACAGCAUGGGCCAACAGCGUCGGCUGAUGGACGACGAGCUCUUCUUGCCCGACUUCGACGUCAACACGCAAACGAGCAACACGGUGGGAUCGUGCAGCGUCGGAGACGUCCUCCUCCUCCUCCGGCAGCUGUACAUCCUGAGCAGCCGGCCUCCGGGUCCAGGCGAGCAGCUGGAAGUGGAACAACAGCAACAUCAGUCUCAUCACAGCGCUACGAUUUUCAUCCCGCUCGAAGAGUUCAGCAGCAAGAAAGUGACGAACAAGUUGACACAACAACUCUCUGAUCCUCUUGUCGUCUCUUCCGGCGCUCUGCCGGCCUGGUGCGAGCAGCUUUUGACUGUUUGCCCGAUGUUGGUGCCUUUUGAGACCCGCCAAAUGUACUUCCAGGCCACGGCUUUUGGAACAUCUCGCUCGAUCGUUUGGCUGCAGAGUCAAAGGGAUUCUGCCGUCGAGAGGCAGCGAAACACGGGCGCCGUUCCGCGACGUGACGAUCCACACGAAUUCCGCGUCGGUCGACUCAAACACGAACGCGUCCGGGUUCCUCGUGGCGAGCGACUGCUCGACUGGGCGCAGCAGGUCAUGAAGGUCCACGCCGAUCGCAAGGCCAUCCUCGAAGUGGAAUUCCAAGACGAGGAAGGCACCGGACUCGGUCCGUCUCUGGAGUUUUACGCCCUGGUGGCGGCCGAGAGCCAACGGCGCGACCUGGCUCUGUGGAUCUGUGACGAUGAAGACGACGACGUGACGUCGGCCGAAACGGCCGCAUCCGUGGCCGAUUCGGGUGUCAAACCGCCCGGUUAUUACGUGGUUAGGCCGUCUGGCCUGUUUCCGGCUCCCCUGCCGCAAGACUCGCCCAUCUGUGAUCGCGCCGAGCAGCUCUAUUGGUUUUUAGGCGUCUUCCUGGCCAAGGCACUUCAGGACGGCCGCCUUGUCGAUUUACCUCUUUCGACUCCCUUCCUCAAAUUGCUGUGCCAGGGCGACGUGUCUUGCCCGGCCCAGCAGCCCGUCUUUGUCAACAGCGACAGCAAGCGCGCUAAAACUUACCGGGCUGGAUCUCACCCUCCGCCGCAACAGCCUCCACCUCCACCCACACCAGUCCCAUCGUCUCAGCAGCAACAACAGCAGCAGGAGGUGGAAGACCCGAUGACGUCGUCCGUCUUCUCUCAGGAUGGAGACGUUUUGGGCGGCAAUGGCAAGACGCUGACCGGAAGUAACAGCCCACGUGAUCCGUCCCUCCCCUGGUUCUCCGGUUUCCUCUCGCACGAAGACCUGGCCAUCGUCGAUCCGACUCGAGGCCGGUUCCUUCUCCAGUUGCGAGCCUUGGCCACGCGACGUCGUCAGAUUUUAACGGACCCGACGCUCAGCCACGAGGAUCGAUGCCGUCAGGCGGACAAUUUGGCUCUAGCCCAGCCCAAUCUGUUGAACAGCAAUUCGACGACGACCGUGUCGAGCGUGUCCGGCCAAACUCACAGCAACAUGUCGCAGAAACCGGCCACCAUUGUCCCACCGCAAUCGCAAAAGAUUCAAAGCGCGGCCCAAGGGCAAGGCGGGGGAGUCCGUCUCGAAGAUUUGGGAUUGACUUUCCAAUUCGCCCCGUCGUCCAAAGUCUUUGGCUUUACCGAUGUCGAACUGCGUUCCGGCGGUGCUGAUUUCGAGGUGACGCUGGACAACGUGGAAGACUACGUCGAACUGAUGGCGGAAUUUUGCCUGGAACGUGGCAUCCGUCGCCAAAUGGAAGCCUUGCGCCAAGGCUUUGACCGUGUCUUCCCCAUGUCGCGUCUGGCCGGUUUCAGCCCGGCUGAGCUACGGCUUUUGCUGUGCGGCGACCAGAGUCCUAGCUGGACUCGCGAAGACAUCCUGAACUACACAGAGCCGAAACUGGGCUACAGCCGCGACAGCCCCGGCUUUCAGCGUUUCGUCAACGUGCUGACGGGCAUGAACGCGGAAGAGCGCAAGGCGUUCCUCCAGUUCACGACGGGCUGCUCGUCGCUGCCACCCGGCGGAUUGGCCAACCUCUACCCUCGUCUGACGGUCGUGCGAAAAGUGGACGGCGUGACGGAUCGAAGCGGAUGCGUCAACGGCAGCUAUCCGUCCGUCAACACGUGCGUCCAUUAUCUCAAGCUACCCGAAUACGACUCUGAGGAGAUCCUUCGCGAACGGCUCCUGGCCGCUACCCGUGAAAAGGGUUUCCACCUCAAUUGAAAAAAUAUGUUAUUUUUGUUUACGGUGGGAUUUGUUUUUGGUUUACCGUUGGAGUUUGACGUUUGUCAUUAAUUUCACCGUUUUUUCUAUCCCCCCCACAAUCUGAUGUGAAAAAAAAAAAAAAAAAAACACCAAAGUUUCGAGCGAGAGAAAAAGAGGAUGGGAAAUUCAUCACAAGCUGAAUGAGAAAGAAAAAAAAAACCAUUUGUAUAAAAAAACAAAAAAAUAAAUAGGAUCGAGGUAGUCGCGUGUUUUCUGCUAUCCACAUCGUGUCACGCGAAUUCUUUUGGCUUGUUUUUUUUCCUAACGGCGGUCAACGACGACUCCACCUCCUUGUUGUCUAUUGCCUCCUUUUUUUUUCCCCCAAUGUAAUCCAAUGAUACAUUUAAGUCCCCCCAAUGACUAAAAUUCUGCUUUUUUUUUAUUUUUUUUUUUGACCUAUCGCCUAGAUCUUACUUCUCGGUAACGAAGAGUAGAAGAUUUUUCAUUUAGUGUUUUGAAUUUUGUUCGAUGGUCCACACGUUUUUUGUGGACAAUGGAAGCGAAAACAAAAAGAAGAAGAAGAAGAAAAGUAGUAAUUCAUUUGUAGGGACAUGCAACACACGAGGCCGCUUUAUUUUUCGGCAUAACCAAUGUGCGUCAAUGUCUUGAUUUUGUGUGGAGCUCGGUGGGUUUUGGUGAAACAAUUUUUUUUUUUUUGGCAUUCAUUUUUUUUUUUUUCUUUAUACAUAUAUAUAUUUUUUUUAUUGAUCCACCAGCUGCUGCUCCACACCCAACCACCCCUACUUCUACUGUUGCACUUUCAUUUAGCCAUCGUUUUCUUUUGUGAAAUGAAACACGCAUCUUUAUAAUACAAUUGAUUGUGCCCC